AUGUUGCCACGACUCUCGUACAUCGUGUUGCUGUGCGCGUCCUCUUUCAGAGGCAUCAUCGCAGCCGCAAAGCCUGUCGAUAGCUGCUCGUCAACGACUGCACCUCGUGUCAAUUUAGGCUAUGCUAAAUACGAAGGCGUGGCCCUUUUCAAUGGUGUCAACCAGUUCUUGGGUAUGCGAUAUGCUGCGCCGCCCACGGGGUCACGCCGUUUCCGGUUGCCUGAUCGGCCGCUCAAUGAAACAUACUUAGUCCAGGCUCACAAGCAUGGCGCUGUCUGUUAUGGCGUUAACCCAUCUGUUCCAACCCCCGACUUGGAGUUCUCAGAAGACUGCCUCUUCAUCGACGUAUACGCUCCGAAAAAUGCUACCUCCAACAAAGACGGCGGUCUUCCAGUCAUGUUGUGGAUCCAAGGUGGUGGAUUUGUCCAGAACAUCAACGCAAACUACAACGGUUCCGGCCUCAUCGAAGCAACCCAGGGAAACAUGAUUGUGGCCACCUUUAACUACCGUGUUGGACCGUACGGGUUCCUUGCCAACCAUGAAUUGGAAGAAGAAGGAAACCUGAAUGUCGGGCUCCAUGAUCAGAUGGCCGCUAUCGAAUGGAUUCAUGAACAUAUCUCCAAAUUCGGAGGCGAUCCGAGCAAAGUGACACUUUUCGGUACUUCCGUCGGCGGAGGCAGUGUUCUUCUGCAAUUACUGGCAUAUGGAGGCAAGUCCACAAAUAGCUCAAAGCAAUGGAGUGCAGGAAUCGCCGAGUCCAUGUAUCUGCCCUCAGUCUACACUGUUGAUGAGAUGCAGUUCCAUUACGAGCACCUGCUUACGGCUACGAAUUGUAGCGACUUGGAAUGUCUGCGCCAGUUGCCUAUUGAGCAGUUUCAAGCCAAGAACGUGGCUAUCCCAUUCCCAGGUCAACAUGAGCCAGCGCUUUUUGGAUAUGGCCCGACCAUCGACGGUAGCUUUCUCCCAGAUCGGCCCUCCACUCUGCUUCGGCAAGGACGGUUUGCAAAAGACAAAUCAAUGAUCCUGGGAUCCUCGAAUACAGAAGGAACCGUCUUUGCACCUCAAGCCAAUACUACCGAGGAUGUGAACCAAUUCCUAACGGCUCAACUCCCUGGUCUGUCGGAAACAGCUCUUAACAGGCUAAACCAGCUUUAUUCAGAUAUACCAGCGACAUAUCCCAAUGCCAGCAUCACGCAGGCUCCAUUAUACUACCGAGCUGCAGUGAUGUUCGGCGAUUCUUCCUUCCUUUGUCCGGCUUUCCAGUUCGCGGCCGGCCUCCAGCAUGCUGGUGUUCCAGUGUACUUGUAUCUUGAUCGCAUCUUUGAUCCGGUCGAGGUCCAAGCUGGCUACAUUGUGCCACAUACUUUCGACACGCAGGCUGUCUGGGGACCCUCAUACUCCAUAAACUACGCUGCUUUGCCGGGGGCCAGGAGCUAUGAACCCGGUCAAUCUAAUGCUGCAAUUGUACCUGUAGUGCAGGCUUUCUGGACUAGUUUCGCUCGGUCUUCUGGCAACCCUAACAUCUUAAGGGCUAAUGGGACGCUAUUUUGGAAAGAAUCCAUGGGCGGUAGUUUUCUCAGUAUCGAGACGAAUAAUACUAGGAUGGAACAAACAAGUAACUCAUUAUCUGAGAAAUGUGCUUACUGGGCGGACCUUGCGGCGGAAACAAGACAGUAG